GGCCACUAGCGUCGGUUCUGCCAGCUUCUCCAGUGGAGGCGCUGGCGACCCUGCUGAGGCUGCCCCAGUCGCCGUCCUUUCUGCUUCUGCUUACGAACUGAUCCAGCCGAUGAUGAAUGCCGUUGUGGCUCUCCGUGGUGCUGGCUCUCCGGCCCGCUACCCCCAGCUCCCUUCAGCUAUAUAUGAUGUCCCUGUCCCUUCAUGGUUCGACUUUGCCUCUCCCUCUCUCACAUCAGUUCGAUGAUCACAUCCCGUUGAACUUCCUCCUCUGCUUUUCUAUGCGGAUGCGUUGAUCGCACUCCCCGGUCUCCUCCCAAUUCAAUCUACCAAUUGUUCACUGUCGAUCAUUUCCCCCACAACGACACCCUAGUAUCCCUGUCGCAUAGAGCUUGUUGAUCGCUCACGACUGUCAGCAUGGGCCACCCUCAGGAAAACUACGAUAUCGUCAUCGUGGGCGCAGGCCCCGUCGGUAUUUUGUUGUCGCUUUGUAUGUCCCGAUGGGGUUACAAAGUAAAGCACAUUGACAACCGACCGGUGCCCACGGCCACUGGCCGCGCCGAUGGAAUUCAACCCCGCUCGACAGAGAUCCUCCGCAAUUUGGGACUCAAGCGCCAGAUCAUGGCGUACGGACCCGCCAAGGUGUACGACGUCGCUUUCUGGGAUCCUCUCGCGGACGGAAAAGGAAUCCACCGUACCGGCAGCUGGCCCAGCUGCCCGCGCUUCAUCGACACCCGCUACCCUUUCACCACUCUGGUGCACCAGGGUAAGAUUGAGCGCGUUUUCUUGGAUGAGAUCCAAAAGGCCGGCACGACGGUGGAGCGUCCUUGGACCAUCCAUGCGUUCAAGAACGAUGGCUUGGAUGAGACAUAUCCCGUGGAGGUGCAGCUGAAGUCGAUUGACACUAAUGUCGUCGAGACGGUUCGCACGAAAUACCUCUUCAGUGGCGAGGGUGCUCGGAGUUUUGUCCGGCAAGAGCUGGGCAUCAACAUCCGACACAAGGAUCCUAUCUCCUAUGUGUGGGGUGUUAUGGAUGGCGUCGUGAGAACUAACUUCCCUGAUAUCGAGACCAAGUGCACUAUCCACUCUGAUGCCGGUUCGAUCAUGGUUAUUCCCCGAGAAGACAACAUGGUUCGCCUGUAUGUCCAAAUCGCUUCCUCCACCGAUCCCGAUUUCAACCCGAGAAAGACCGCGACCGUCGAAGAGGUUCAGACAACCGCGAAGAAGAUCCUCCAGCCUUAUUCGCUGGAAUGGGAGCGUGUGGAAUGGUACUCUGUCUACCCCAUUGGACAGGGUAUUUCCGAGAAAUACACUCUGGACGAGCGGGUUUUCAUGGGCGGCGAUGCUUGCCACACCCACAGCCCCAAGGCUGGUCAGGGAAUGAACACUGCCUUCCAUGACGCUCUCAACAUGGCUUGGAAGCUGCACGCCGUCGAAUCCGGGCUCGCCGACCGAUCCAUCUUGAGCACGUACGAAAGCGAGCGCAAAGACGUCGCAGAGACUCUGCUUGAUUUCGACUCUAAAUAUGCCGCCCUGUUCUCCAAACGUCGCCCAUCUGCUGGCGAGGUUGGGUCUGCUAGUCACACCACCACCGCCGCCGGCGGAGAGGAGGACGAAUUCGUCAAGACCUUCAAGUCCUCAUGCGAGUUCACCAGUGGCUACGGUGUCGCUUAUAAGCCCAACGUUUUCAACUGGGAUGAAAGCCACCCUGCUCAAUCGCCUCUGUUCAACAUUCCCGGUGUGAAGCUGGUUCCGGGUCGCGCCUUUACGCCUUCAACCGUCACCCGGCUUGCGGAUUCCAACUCGGUGCAUUUGGAACAGGAAGUCCCAGCCAACGGCGCAUUCCGGAUCUUCAUUUUCGCCGGAAAGCAGGCCAGCACCAAGAAGGCCAUUGCGGAUCUGGGUGUUAACCUGGAGAAGGAGCGCUCGUUCCUUUCUAUGCACCGUCGACCCGACAUUGCGGAUGUUUCGUUCUUCGAGCGUCACCAGCCUCACUCGAAACUCUUCACCCUCUGCCUGGUCUACGCUGCGGAGAAGAACCAGAUCGAUAUGGAGGCCGUGCCGCAGAUCCUGCGCGAUUACCACCACCAUAUCUAUGCCGACAAUAUCCCCGACGUGAGAGUCCCUAGCGCCAAGUUUGCUGCCCACGAAAAGCUUGGGUUCGAUCCCGAGAAGGGCGGUGUUGUUGUCACUCGCCCCGACAGCCACGUCGCCUGUCUGGUGCAGUUGGCCGAAGGCAGCGGCACUGCGGACGCUCUGAACGCCUAUUUCAAUGCGUUCUCGACCAAGCCUUUGGGUCAGGACCAGCAGCAGAGCCGUCUAUAAGCAAGAUCAAUUUGCCAUGUCUCUGUAUUCUAUAUUAUCUGCCACGAUAGACUGAUGUAUAUACCUGUCUUGGGAUUUCUUUGUGUUUGAGCAAUUUUGGUCCAGCAUUAUUGGCGUUUCUGUUGUAUUCACUUGC